CGAGCGGGCUGGCUGCUCGCACACGGAGCGCACGGACAGACCAUGGGAGGGACGGCGGGGCGCAGCCCGGAGCGCUGCCGCUUUCUGGACGCAGAAGCGGCCAAGCCGCGGGAGAAGAGCUGCCCCCGGUACCAGCUCUGCGGACUGCUCUUCAGCCUGCUGCUCCUCUCCCUUAUCCUGAUAUUUUUUGGUGUCAGAUACCUCUGGAACCCAGCACCCAGAAAAGUUUAUGACAUGGAGCACACGUUCUUCAGCAAUGGUGAGAAGAAGAAGAUUGUGAUGGAGAUUGACCCCCUGGCCAGGACAGAGACCUUCAGCAGCGGGAAUGGCAGUGAGGAGAUCCUGGAGAUCCAUGAUUUCAAAAACGGAAUAACCGGCAUCUUCUUUGUGGGACUUCAAAAAUGUUUCAUCAAAAGUCAGACCAAAGUCUUGCCUGAGACGACAGAGGCCAAGAUCCCUGAGCUUGAGGGACAGGAAAUCACCACCACCUACUUUGAGCAGUCUGUGGUCUGGGUGCCUGGGGAAAAGCCCAUUCAGAACAAGGAGUUCCUGAGGAGCUCCAAAAUUUUUGACAUCUGCAAAAAUGUGACCAUCUUCUGGAUCCACCCCACGCCAAUAGCAGCUCCUGAGCUGGCCAACCUUGAAGGGGCAGAAGAAGAAGAGCCUGAGCUGCAGAUGGACAGCCAGAGUUGGCUGGACGAGGGGAACGAACACGAGCUGGAGGAGGACACACGGGCGGGGCCCAAGCGUCGGGCACGGCAGCUCACCGAGGAGGAGCUGCCUGUCAACGACUACUCGGAGAACGGGCUGGAGUUCCACCCUCUGUGGGAUGAGCGAGGCUACUGCUGCGCCCAGUGCCGCCGUGCCCACCGCUACUGCCGGCGGGUGUGCGAGCCGCUGCUGGGCUACCACCCCUACCCGUACUGCUACCAGGGCGGCAGGGUCAUCUGCCGCGUCAUCAUGCCCUGCAACUGGUGGAUCGCGCGGAUGCUGGGCAGGGUGUAGCGGGGCCGUGCCCGCUGCCCGCCUCCAGGAGCCCGCUGGCACACCGACAGCGCCGCGGGACACUGCCCGGUGCCCGGUGAUCCCGCACCCUGCCUGGCCGGUGAUCCCAUAUCCCUACCCGGCCGGUGCCCGGUGAUCCCAUAUCCCUGCCCGGCCGGUGCCCGGUGUGCCCGCACCCUGCCCGGCCGGUGAUCCCAUAUCCCUGCCCGGCCGGUGCCCGGUGUGCCCGCACCCUGCCCGGCCGGUGAUCCCAUAUCCCUGCCCGGCCGGUGCCCGGUGUGCCCGCAGCCCUGCCCGGCCGCGGCCCCACCCGGGCUGUGACCCCGCACCCGGCGCUGCCCCCGCGGGGCUGCGGGAGCCAGGCUGAGCAGCAAGAGGCGAACAAUAAACGUCCUGUAUGAGCGAUU